AUGGGAACGUCCUCAUCAAGGGCAUCGCUCACUACGGCUGAAUUGCCGGAACAGCUCUCGCCUACCACAACGGGCAUCGAGGACAACGAGCCAUGCACACCACCUCCGAUUCCUGCCCGGUCAGCUCUCCGGCCCCGGUGCCCCAGCGUCUCGACCAAGUCUGCUCCCAGCCAACGUCGGUCGUCGCGAAAGAUUCAGCAACUCACGGGCUACGACGUCGACAUUAUGGCGGAAAGCCCAGUCACAUCUUCCGUCUUCGAUUCAGAUGCGUCGAGCCGCAACAGCAUGAGGUGGGACUCGGACUACAAUCUCGUGCCGCUGCUGGAGGAGGACAGUGGCGGAGCCUCCAGUAGGAGCAGCUCAUGGGAGCCGCCGUCGCCUCUACGAGGCAUCAUGCCGGCACCGCUGAUGAUCACGAAGCCAGCCAUGCGAGACGGAAGGGACACAGGCCUAGGCGGCUACGGCUCCGUCACAUCACCGUGGGGCAAUGAGGAGCUGUUGCGCCGCUGGGAAGCGCCGCAUCGCCAGUUUAGCGACACGAUGGCGGCAGGGGAAUACCACCAGUUUGCGACACAGCUGGCCACCCAUCACCGGCGGCAGUGCAGUGCGGAAAGUUAUCUCUCAACGCCGUCUGCGAGACCAAAAAGAUCAUCCUUCAACGUGAAUCUCGGUACGGGAAAGCUUGUGUCUCGGCGCAAUACUAUGCAGACUGCGGACCGGUCAGUGCCACCCUUGGCCACGCGGCGGCACAAUGCGCACAGAACCCCAGGGAUCCCGGAAGACUCGUCAGCGCACCGCACAAGCUCGAAUCAAAUGCCCAUGAGCGCGUUUGACAGCGACUCAGAGGACGAGUACGGGGGCAUUGGACACGGCAUCAAAGGGUGGCUAGGGCUGGCAAGCGAUGACCCAGGACCCUUGGAGCGGCCACAUGCGCCCAGCGCCAGAAGACCCCAUGUCCCCAUGGCGGCAGGGUCACGGACGUCGACUGGCGAGCAAAUGCGAGGUUUUCUGCAUCACGCCAAGGAUAAGUUUUAUCUGAGUAAGGAAGAGAGGCGGCGGGAAGAGCUGAAGCGGCACAUCCGAGCUGCGGCGGCAUGA